AUGUCGACAGAAAUCAACAAGAUAUUUGAAGAAUACGCCUCAAAGUCGACGACGACACCAUUCCCCGCCGUCACUUUCAGGGCUGUUGAUCAGGCUGGAAAGGUCCUCUACUCAUCCAGCCAUGGCAAUACCAAGGUAGACGGGUCCGGCGAGGCCGUGACGGAAGAUACCCCCUUCUACACCGCGUCAAUGACCAAAGUGUUCACAGCGGUUGCUGUGAUGGUGGCGGUGGAGCGAGGGCUGAUAACCCUGGACGACGAUGUGGGGAAAGUUGUACCAGAGUUGGCGGAGCUGGAGAUUCUGGAGGGAUUUGAGGAGGAUGGGAAACCGAUUGUUCGGAAAGCGUCGAAGAAGCUCACUUUAAGGAGGCUCCUUACGCAUUCAAGUGGGUUUGCUUAUCAUCUUACCCGUGAGAAUUUGCAGAAGUGGAAUGCCUACCAGAGGCGGGAUACUACCAAGAUGGAUGGUUCUUAUGAGCAAUACCGACAACCACUCCUUUUCGAGCCAGGGGAAAACUGGGCAUAUGGCCCUGGUGUUGACUGGGCCGGUCGAGCGGUGGAAGUGGUAUCCAAACAAACCCUCGAAGAGUUCAUGAAAGAAAACAUCCACGACAAGCUGGGAUUAAAAUCCACAACUUUCCGCCCCGAAAACAUCCCCAAUUUCGCCGCCCGUCGAGUCGAAAUCAGCUCCCGUAAUGCCGAGGGAAAAUUCACCCCUAUGCCGGUUCCCAUAUACCCCAUUCCCGCAACCGACUGUCUAGGGGGUACGGGCCUCUACUCCACAACGCGCGAGUACACCACGCUGCUAGCAACGCUGCUUGCCGGCGGUGGGAGCGUGCUGAAACCCGAAAGCGUGGAGCAGAUCUUCAAGCCGCAGCUAGAGGAUAAGAAGCUCAUAAACGACUUAUUUAAUACCCCCGGCGGCCAGAGGUUGAAUAGGAGUCUGACCACGGGGAAAGUGGUGACCAUGGGCCUUACUGUCUGCAUUAACCUUGACGAUGUGCCUGGUAUGAGGCCGGCGAAUUGCGUUGGUGGUGGUGGACUUACUAAUAUGUUUUGGUGGCUUGAUCGGAAUUCUGGCAUUUGCGCUGGGUUGUUUUUCCAUUACCUCCCUCCUGUUGAUCCGCUUGCGGUCGAGGUUGCGGAUAAAAUUGAAGAGGUUGUGUAUAAGAACCUUAGAGGGGAGCUUAGCCAAGGGAAUUAG